GGGGCUGUUUGUAACCAGCGAGCUUCAGAGCAGAAGGACAACCAAAACAUCAACCACAUGGGAGAGGAAAUAGGAAAGGCUCAAACAGCAACAACACCAAUGCACUAUCAACAGAACAACAUGAGCCAUCAUAGAGCUGAAGGGCAAGCAGCAGUCACCGGGAUCAAACCCAAGAAGACAGUGUAG